CGUGUGUUGUUUGAGUUGGACGGUUGGACUUGUGGCUACGCGAGAUUUGUGUCGGCUUACAAACAUGUCGGCGUUCAAGAGAAAACGUGGAGGACAGGCUGCUGUUGGUAAAAAGGCAAAGAAAGUAAAAUUUCUGGCAGAUAAAGGUGAAGCCGAACAGGAGAAGAAAAAUGAAGUCACGAUUCCAGCCCCAGUUUCGUCGGGUAGAUGGACCAACAAGGAAAGGGUUCUCAUUUUCUCCUCAAGAGGCAUCAACUUCAGAACAAGACACUUGAUGCAAGACCUGAGGACAAUGAUGCCUCAUUCAAAAGCAGAUACAAAAAUGGACCGAAAGGACAAGUUGUUUGUUGUUAAUGAGGUGUGCGAAAUCAAAAACUGCAACAAAUGCCUCUUUUUUGAGGCCAAGAAGAAGCAGGACCUCUAUAUGUGGAUUUCAAACAGCCCUCAUGGACCUUCUGCAAAGUUUCUGGUUCAAAACAUUCAUACACUGGCUGAACUCAAGAUGACAGGAAACUGCCUCAAAGGAUCCAGGCCGCUGCUCUCGUUCGAUCCUAAAUUUGACAAGGAGCCCCACUAUGCUUUACUGAAGGAGCUCUUCACCCAGACAUUUUCCACUCCACGCUACCACCCUAAGAGUCAGCCUUUUGUGGACCACGUCUUCACAUUCACCAUCGCAGACAACAGGAUAUGGUUUAGAAACUACCAGAUCAUCGAGGAGGAUGCCUCUCUAGUGGAGAUCGGCCCACGCUUUGUUCUCAACCUCAUCAAGAUCUUUCAGGGGAGUUUUGGAGGGCCUACGCUCUAUGAAAACCCAGACUUCCAGUCUCCUAACAUGCACCGGCGAGAGAUCCGACUGGCGGCAGCAGCCAGAGUGCGUGAGAAGCAGAUGGUGAAGGAGAUGCAGAAAAUGAAGAGAACUGUAGCGAAGGAGGAUUUGGCCAGAGACGUUACAGCUGACGUCUUCCUAACACCAGCUGAGGAGAAGCCUGUUCACAUCGAGACCGAAGCACCUGAGCCAAAAGUGGUGAAGAAGAACAAACACAAAGCUUUCAAAAGACAAAGGAUGGCACGCAGGUCAGAAGAAGCUCCAGAAAGAUGAGACCAAAUACUGAACGCAGCCAGAUCAUGGCUGCAAUUGGACUACAAACCAUGUAGACUCAUGAAGUUACAGGCAAUGUUUACAUGUAGAGGGACUUCUGACACAAAAUACCUGGGUCUCCAUAGUAACAAACAAUACAAAAUACAGUAACUGUACAUACAAUGACUUUCUGUAUCUAUGAAAGUAUGAACUCAGUAUUGUAGUGGUUUAACUACUACUACUACAACAGGUACAUAACAAGACUAGGAAGUUGACAUUAUCUUUCCACAAAUCCAGUGGUAAUGCUCCACUCAAGUGUGAUUGUUUGGUAAAUGAUGAACCAGUUGAUAAUGUUAAAACAACGCAACCUUUCCCACUGUGUCCAUUAUCCAUUAUGCCCAUUAAGUCCAGCAUUUCUUUCCUGUGUGCAACCCACUGGCUGUACUGCCUCCUCUGGCAGACUGCCUUCUCAUUCAAAGCAACUGGCCACCACUGAAGUUAAGGUGCUUAUGUAAAAUGGGAAUUCACUGGACUGUUAUCACUCCUCCUCCGCCUCCUCGUCAGGACAACAAAAAUAUUCUACAAAGCAAAUCUGUCCGUUGUCGUUCCUGACCAAGUACUGCAGAGAGAGGAAGCCCCUGCUGUCUGUCCUCACAGAGACUUUAAAGGACAAAGCCAGGGCUUUGGUGGACGGCUUCAGCAGGGACAUCUUGUACCUGUCACAGUUAACAGAGAGGACAGCACAGAAUGUGGAGCUUUAAUAAAACUCAUUAAGGGUAAAUAUGCAGACAAGAAUAUUCCUCAGGGCCUGGUACAAACUAAAAUUGGACAUCAUGAUGUAAGACCCUGUGAAAACAAGCUAACUGGCCCUUUUCAUAGCAAAUAUUUUGACAUGACAGAGUAGGAAAAGCACAUGUGUAAUCAAUAAUACUACUAAUGGUUGCAUGUCCAGUUCCCAAGCAUGGGGAUUACAGUCCGUCACCACUUUCAUGAAGCAACAUAUGGCAACUAAAUGAAAGUGAAAAAGAAUUUCAGUAUUUCACUUCAUCCACUACUUUGUCUCUGCCAUUCUUUUGUUCCGGUUGUCGUGUAACCUUCUCUAUUUCCCCUAGUCCACCUUAGGUUCCUAACAGUAUAGUUUAUUUCUCUGUACUAACCUGUUGGUUUGGGUCUUGGUGCAUCGGAACAGCUCCAUCAUGUCAGAGUCUUUGGGAUAAUCAUAAUGGGCAUUUCCAGAGUUCCCAAAUGUCGACAACCUGAAUAGCAGAAUAAACCACAGA